UGGCGAUUUGGUUAUCUCACUUGUACCUAUACAGAGAAGACAGUCAGGGAGUGAUGGGAAACAGCUGGAAAUUCAAAUGUAUGUCAAAAUUAUCGCCAACUGAAAAAUGUUUUGAAAUUUGUUUGUGAAAAUCAUCCCUUUCUCAAAAGAUCGUUAGGUAAUCGCAGCAGGCAUGUACGUGGCCUCAGCAUCAACAACAAUAAAACUCCACGAAUUCCCCAGUGGGGAGGCAGUUCACAACUACCAACCAGGCACAAAGGUAGAUGGACCAGUCCGCAGCAUCUCUUGGAGUAGGGACGGCAAGUGGCUGGUUGUCGUCCCACAUUUUGGCCCGCCUGAAAUCCUCACCGUCAAAAACAACUUAAAACUACUAAAAUUCAUCCCGAAUGUAGAAGAACCGACUUGCGCUGCAUUCCUCAGCAGCAAGAAAACGCUUGGCAUCAGUACGAAGAACGGUCUGGUGAUGUUGUAUGAUGUCAAGACUAGAACUGUCAAAAAGCGAUUUCCUAGGUGCAUAAGCCAGAUUACGCAUUUGGAAUUUUCAACGAAAGAUACUCAUUGCGCUGUCGGUUGCAAGAAUGGGGAUGUUUGUGUCUUUAAUACUGUGACAAACAGUCCCCCAACUAUACUGAAAGUGCCUAAGUCGAGUUCCAUGAGUUGUAUGAAAAUAAACCAGUUGAAACAUAACCUAAUUUGUGGGGGUAGCAAUGAAGGAGUCAUUACUGUUUGGGACAGCAACGUUGGCAAACCAAAAUGGUUCAGAGAAGCCUUUAACGCGCCUGUAAACGCUGUAGCCUUUUCUACGAUCAACCAGGAUCUCAUGGCAGCGGCUGGGAAUGACAGACAGUUUCUCUUUUUUGAUUAUACAGAAAAAAAGCAAGUUGCUUCGGUUACGGUUGGUAAUAACAUCAUAUCGCUAGACUAUUCUCAGGACGGGAUGCAUAUUAUUGCUGGUUCACAGAACGGACGAGUGCUUAUCUAUGAUUGUAGAAACAUUACUGAACCGGUAUACACUUAUCAAGCACAUAAAACAACCGUGCGACACGUAGCAUUCCAAAAGAUAUGUGAUAAAACUAACAGUAGUUCUAUGUCAAGCAUGUUAUCUGACUUAGCCUCACCAGUAUUACCCAACCAGACCCAAAAAAAGAUUUCUAGAACAAGCGAUCUGUUCGGUUUUGCCUCAGCUGGCCCCGUAUCUGUAUCAGCAACGGAGACAUCCACUAAACGUACGAUAUCUGCGGAUGAAGGUGAUUCUUUCCUAGCAGCCUUAGGCAUAGAUGGAAAUAGUACACAUUCUGUUCAUAAUGACAGUGUCUUUUCAAAAAGUUCCGCAAUGCUUCCCGUCCUUCAUUUAACCAAUCCGGGUGGCGAUAAUAUUCCGACGCCGAAUUCAGCGAAAAUAUUCGAAACUAAACGUUUAUUGUCCGAUCCACACUUUUCUUCUACACCUAAAGUUUUCCCCAAUGCAGGCAGCGGGGACAAAGUGAAUGAAGAGAAACCGGUCGUUGAAAAUAUGGAUAUGAAAUCAACGCUCAAAGAAUUAUUUCAGGAAGAAAUGGAACAACGUAUGGAAGAGAUCAACAAAAAGGUUGACUUUAACACUAUGCACGUUAUCACAGAGCUGAGGAGGAAUCUCUUCGACUUGCAGUUGUUCCAAGUUAAACAGUUCGCUUAUAUGCAGAAGGUGUUUGAAACGAUGAAAAAUGCCACCCCUUUCUUAGCCGCCGGGUGUGAUAUGAAUAAGUUGAUUGAAGAAAAUGAACAGCUGAAAAUGAUGAACAAGUUUCUGGAAGAACAAUUGAAGAAUUCUAUGGUGAGCAAGGAUAACAAAACCGAAGAUUUGUGAUACGAGUUUUUCAUGCAACUUUUGUACAAUUUUUUGAGCAUGUUUAGCUCACUUUUUAAUGUCUUGUCGAACUUUUGUAACCCAGUUUCAUACAUAUUUUUGAUAUUUUCUCAAAAUAAACGAUUUAUUUUUAUAGUUAGUUAUAGUUUUUCUCAUCAUCUCAUGGUGACAUCAUAAUUCGUCAUUUUCAGGGCAGUACUGACGUACGCCGACCAACAAAAAUGACGUCAUUAUGGCGGUCUAAUGUCAUAUCCAAUCGACGUCAUAGUAUGUCGUAUAAAAU